UUUUUUUUUUUAAACUUUUUUUUUUGUGUGUCAUUUUUUUUUGCUUUCCUCUUUGGUUCAGUUGUUCCAUUCUGUAUGCGGCGGAUGCAUUGGACUGAACGACAUACAACGUCCAGUUACCUACCUGCCACUCUCCCUCCCUGCCGGCCAGAUCGGCCACCCACCUUGGUCAGCAGUGUUACCAGCACCAUUCACUCACUACACGGGGAAAACGGGUACCCUAAGGUAUACAGGACGAAACAGACGGGACCCAGACGAGACGAAAGCAAAGACACCCGACGUCCCGGUCGCCCCGGCGACGAACCAGAUCUUCCGAGAUCCCCUCCCACACAGCCCCCCCUUUCUCCCGGCGCCCUAUACCGUCUAUACCGUCUGUACGGAGCCAUCUCCUGAGCAAACAGCUUUGCGACCAGGUUGAAGCCCUUCGACGACCGGGUCCGCGUUCCCUUCCUUCUCCUUUUUCAUCCAUUGCGACAAUCCACGCCCUUGGUACAUCCGGAAGGGCUUUCAGCUCGCCAGCCACCCCCCGGCUUAGGUUCCAGUGCGCGGGUCCUCCACCUAACUGGCUUCGAUCAGCCUGGCCAAGGAAGUGGGCGAGCAGGAACAGGAACAGGAACAGGAACCGACAGGACUGGUCACGUCAAGACAGGAACCAGAGAAUCAAAGACCAGACAGGGUUCCAUUGCCGCCAGCCGCCCCGUCAAACCGUGCGGUGCAUUUCCACUUCAGUUCAGUUGCAUGGAUCCCAUAUCCACUGCCAACCACUAUCCGGCAAGUCGUCAGCGUCCAACUACAGCACUCCGAGCUGCAUCGCGUCGCAGACAAACCUCCUUCAUACAACUUUGACCUACCUCGCCCGACCUUGAUACCGGUACAUACUGCUGCUGCUGCUGCUGCCGCUGCUGCUGCUGCUGCUGCUGCUACACUACACGCUGCUUGUGUUGCUGUUACUGCUGCACAGACUUUAGCCUGACAGGCAGUUUGAAGCAAGCCUGCAUCCUCCCAUCUCGUCCUCGCCUCGGCUGCCCCACGCGCAUUCCCCCGGUUGCUCAACGUGCCCCUUCCGCCGUCAUUGUCUCCCAGUCCUGCAAGUUCGAGUCCACAACGUCGUCCGGUUUUGCCAUCUUUUCCUGCCACGCGUGGGUGACUGUCGACCGCCUCCUUCAGCGUCUGCCUUUCCGGCACCCGACUGAUUCGGCACCGUCCCGUCCCGUCACCACGCCCGCCAUCCCUCCUCCGUCGUCACACGGUCACCGUCAUUGCCGUCAACCGCCAUGACGUCCGCCGCCGCUGCCGCCGCGCCCGUCGCGCCCGCCCAAGCUCCUCCACCACCGCCUCCAAACUUCUCGCAGACGCAGGCGCAAGCGCAAGCGCAGGUCCAUGUUCAGGCUCAGGCACAGGCUCAGGCACAGGCACGGACACAGGCACAGGCACAGGCCCAGGCCCAGGCGCAUUCGCACUCGCAUACCCAGUCGCUGUCACAGCCGCAGCAUCGAGCAUACAAUCCCUACAGUGCCUUUGCGCACCAGCCGCAACCUCCACUCCCUACAAAGCGAGACCUCAAGUCGUGGUGGAAAGGCUUUAAGCUACCCUCGAAGCAUCAGGAAGCACACGUAGUAGCAGAACCGCCCAAAGGCAUCUUUGGCGUCCCCCUUCGCGAUAGCAUCAAGUAUGCCAAUGUUGCCAUAUCCCUUGUCGACGAAAAUGGGAAAAGCUACAUCUACGGUUACGUCCCCAUCGUGGUUGCCAAAUGUGGUGUUUUCUUGAAGGAAAAGGCAACCGACGUUGAGGGCAUCUUUCGUCUCAGUGGUUCAGAGAAAAGAAUCAAGGAACUCAAACACAUCUUCGAUUCGCCUGACCGAUACGGCAAGGGGUUGGUGUGGGAUGGGUACACAGUUCACGAUGCCGCCAAUGUCCUCCGUCGCUACCUCAACGACCUCCCGGAGCCGGUGGUCCCUCUCGAACUGUAUGAGGAGUUUCGAAAACCGUUGAAAGGAGCCACUAGGCAGGCCGCAGGUGAUACCGAUGGCCCCCAGUUUGUCGAAAAUUUCGACAUGGACGCCGCCAUCCUCAGAUACCAGCAGCUGAUUACCGAGUUGCCACCACUCAAUCGCCAGCUGAUGCUUUAUAUCUUGGACUUGCUCGCCGUCUUCGCCGCCAAGUCCGACGUUAACCGCAUGAACUCGCAGAACCUGGCUGCCAUUUUCCAGCCAGGCAUGCUCUCACAUCCGGCCCACGCUAUGGCACCCGAGGAGUAUCGCCUCAAUCAAUGCGUCAUCAUUUUUCUCAUCGAGAACCAGGAUCAUUUCCUCAUUGGCAUGCAAGGUACAGCGGCCGAUGAGAGGACGGUUCAGGAGGUCCAGAAGGGGACGCCUACCAUCAACGUCCCAGAGCCACCAAAGACCUACCAACCUGGGGUGAACCGGACAGCAUCAAAUGCCAGCGCUGGAGCCGAAAGUGUUUCCAAGGAAGGCAUGAUUAGGAGAAAUAAGUCGACAUCCUCAAGGCGUUCUCUUGCUUCGAAUGGAGCACCGAGUCCUGGAAGCCCUGCAUUGACUUCCACACCUACGGGAGGUUUGGGCCGGAGCAACACCUUGCCAUCGAAACGAUCGCCUCGCGUGCCGCCCGGAAGAUUCGCGCAUCGAUAUGAUGCGUCUAGUUCCCCAGUCGGCCCCUUAACGCCGGUUCACCCGCCGUCAGUUCCUGGAGUUACGCCUCCUACGCCGACAGUACUGCCACCAGCGCCAGCGGUUGUUCACGAGGUCGCUACACCCCCGGAAGAAUCUUCGGUACCAUCCAUAGCCACAUCCACAGCUCCUUCGAGUUUGCUCCCUAAUCAUUCUGUCUCGGCUACCAGGAGUCAGGAAAAGCUGCCAGAUGCCGAGGCCGAGGCCGCAACGCCCUCCAAGGAACGCCGCAUACCCAACAUAUCAAAUAUCUUCCAAAGAGCGCCCACUGGGGAAAACGAGCUUCGACAGCCUAACAAGCUGAAGAAGAAGAUGCCAGGAGCCGGAGGUCAUUAUAGUGCUCAUAGCUCGACGAUGUCGCUUCCUCGCUCAGCAACAGCAUCGCCCAGUGUCGAAGCUGCGAAUCCUAUGGAUACAGUUCCAUCCUUGCCCGGAAACCUUGAUGCGGUAGUGUCGGGCGGACAACCUGCGCCUUCCCCCAGCGACUCUACGCCGAAAGCAUCCCAGGUACCUUCUACGCCCUCAACCACCGUGCAUCCCCACAAUGCCUCUGAGGCACAACUCAAACCACGAGAAUCGCCGCCGACUUCGGUCACGUCAUACAACGAUAUGUCUGAUCCUGAUCAGGUUGAGACGCAGACUUCGGCUAGUUUGGCUAGCCCAGAGGUGGCAUCCCCAGACAGGGAUAAGAGGAGGCGGUGGCGCCUAUCAAGGAAAAAGGAGGACAGCAUAUCCUUAAAUUCUCCUCUAAACAUUAGCCAGCCUCUUAUUUCCCCGCGUAUGCUAGGUUCGAAUUCGCAGGCUGAGGGGAGCAACAGUUCUGUAGGCAGUUCUGGUUAUUUCCAUCACAGACCCCGGGCAAGCAUGAGCGGGGAUGUUUCUGACGCGGGCAUGAUAAGUAGCCUCGAUGACCGUUCGAUGAUGAGCGACGCAACCAGAGAAGGCAGAGACCGCGACCGAGACAGGGACUGGGACAAGAGUAGUGAAUACCGCAAGUCAAACAUUGCCGACUGGCUGAAAAACAAGUACCGCGAGCACAGGGAGACAGCGGAGCUAAGACGGACCAAGUCGCCACCAGCACAUGAUGGUAGAUCGGCAUCCAUUGGGGAACGAAUUCGCAAGAGCAUUGAUUUGAAGCGGGAGAUGAUCAACGGAAGCGAAAAUGGGUAUAGCGAUGAGCAUAUUCCGAUGCCACCACCGCCCAUGCGGGAAUCAGGACCGGGACAUUCACAGACAUCCAUCCAAUCUGCUGCUCAACCUGUCCAGCAAGUUCAACCCCAGCCGCUGCAAGCUCAGCAACCCCCAGCACUUUACCAAACUGAAGUGCAGUCGGUCGAGAUGCAACCUGUCGCGCAGGAAUCUCCAGCCCAGGUUCAGCCCAAUCUCCAGCCAGAGCAGCCUUCGUCACAACAUCCUCAACCCCAACAGGCUUCGGCACAUCAAUCACAGCCUCAACUGCAGCAAGAGCCCUUGCCGCAAACGCCAGAGCAGCCGACUGAAGCGUCCGUGCUCACUCCUUCAAGGCACAUGGAUCUAGAUGACUAAAACAGCCGAUACAAGCCUGAUGAACAGGGCACAGUAUUCUACCAGUGUUCAAGUCGAUCAUACCCGUCUUGUGGUCUACCAUACACACUAUCACUCCGUUUUAAUGUCUAAGUUAGUUUAUCUCGGAUGGUCUUUUUUCUGCUGCUUUUUUAUUUUCAUUUUUUAUCUUCUUCAGCGCAAGAGAGCGGGUCAGGUCGAGGACUUUGUUGCGCGGAUACCCCAUCCAGAGAUACCCGAAGAAGAGUCUGUUUGUCUCUAGUACAAUUUGCGGUACCAUGGACAACAGAAUCUAAGCGUCCUUUACUGGUUUGAAUUAUUGUGUUUAGACUCGGGGAUAUUAUUUUCCUUGUUGUAUGCUGGAAGACCAUUUAAAAACAACACAGAGAUGUAUUAGAACUUCAUGUUUGUGUCUUGGGGCAUAAUAAGUCAGGCAUUAUCAGCGACAACUCAACAGUCACCUAUAACCAUCAUCUAGCGCUCACAACGGGCAACCCCCCUUCCCCACCUUGGAACCCUACAACAAACCAUGCAUGGCUUGGAGAACCGGUUGUUUCCCUUUUUUUGUUAUCGCCUUCGUCGUCUGUAGUACGGAAGAAUCACAGAACUAAUGCUCGGCCACACAUCCAUAAACCACAUACAAAUGUCGAUGUACUUUGGGGUGGUUGGGGGAAUACCCGAUGACACACAAAAAUAACGAAUUCACGAAAUUGG